CCGCCCUCUUCCGCUGCCGCCGUGGGAAUGGAAACAUCUGCCCCACGUGCCGGAAGCUUGCUAACCACACCAGCGCGGUACUCCGUGUCCUGCCGCGCCGAUCCUCUGCGAGUGGCCUCGCGAGAAGUGCUCGCCGAAAUGGCUGCGUCCAGUCAAGGUAGCUUUGAGGGAAAUUUUGAGUCGCUGGACCUUGCAGAAUUUGCUAAAAAGCAACCAUGGUGGCGCAAACUGUUUGGGCAGGAAUCUGGGCCUUCAGCUGAAAAGUAUAGCGUGGCAACCCAGCUGUUAAUUGGAGGUGUCACUGGAUGGUGCACUGGUUUCAUCUUCCAGAAGGUUGGAAAAUUGGCUGCAACAGCUGUGGGAGGCGGAUUUUUUCUCCUUCAGCUUGCAAACCAUACUGGGUACAUUAAAGUUGAUUGGCAGCGAGUAGAAAAGGACAUGAAAAAAGCCAAAGAACAGCUGAAGAUUCGUAAGAGCAAUCAAAUACCAACUGAGGUCAAGAGUAAAGCUGAGGAGGUUGUGUCAUUUGUGAAGAAGAAUGUUCUAGUGACUGGAGGAUUUUUUGGAGGCUUUUUGCUUGGCAUGGCAUCCUAAGGAGGACAACUUCACUUCCAUUGUUCUGAUUUUUUUCUAAUCAGCAGCCUCUACACUCCAUCAUAGGACAUCAAGUCUCUCCUGUUCUCCCAUGCCUUCCUCCCUGUUGUGUCAAACCGGAAUUGGCUUCUAUAGGCAUCUGUUGGUACAAGUUAAUACAAGCCCUGCCUGCUGUGAGCUUGAUGGUGAUGGAAGAGACAUUAGACAUUAGCUCUCCACCCAGUAUACUCCCCACUUGGUCAAUCUGUAGGUCAGCAAAAAUGUCCUUUCCCUUAUAAAAUACUUACCAGAAUACAUUGCAAGAUCAUUUGCCAUGAAUGGGUCCUCAAAGGUUGUCCCACACUUGAUUUGGAAAAGAAGCAGAUAGUUACCUCAUGUGCUGCAUGGGAAGGAAGUGAAUACAUUUGCCUUUAAGCAUGAAAGAUUUUGGUAUCUUGGUGUGUAUUUUAUUUCUAGUUGGUUUUAGAUUACAGAAAGAGAAGCUAUUUAAACCUGUUAUAAUUAUUCUGACAAAAAUGGCAGUCUAAGAAUGAUAAAUGACAGAAAUCUGAAUAUGAAAUGAACUUAUGCUAAAGGGUAUAUGCUGUACUGAAGGUAUUGUAUUUGGUAGGAAGAUCUCUUAGGGAAACCAGCUGUUAGAAAUACAUUGUUGGGUGGUCAGAGAAAUCAUUUAGGAACAUUAAGAUACUAUUCAGGAAUGUUUUCCACCGUAUCAGAUAAUGCAUUUCAUGGCUAUUUCCAAAGAUUUGAUUUAUGGUAAAAUGAAUGAUUUAGAUAGGAGAAGGAAGAAGCACUUGGAUUUUUAUUUCAUAGAAAAGGCUUUGUGCUUUGAAAUGUGAAGUAUUAUUCCUGUGUCACAGCACUAGGGGUAGCCAUAGAUCCUCGUUGUCAAUUCUAUUUCUUUAUCCAGUUUGUAUGAAAUGCAGCAUUUAAUCCAGAAUUUUAUUUUAUUUAUUUAUUUUUUGUUGAUUUUUUAAAAAUAAAUGACAGUGGAAUGCAUUACAAUUCUUAUUACAUGUAUACAGCACAAUUUUUCAUCUCUUAAACCAGAAUUUUAAAUAAGCAACAUUUCAGACAUUCAGAAUUAAGAAAAAUAAUGAUAGCAUACAUGAAAUGAAUUAUUUCUGUCAUCAAGUGAAGUCUGUGUCACUUGAUGACACUCCUCCAUUUCUCAGAAUUAUUCUUUAAAAAUUUACACACACUUAACACAUUUUGUUGUAAUUCCAACUAGAAUAUCAGCUUUGGAUGGUAAGUGAAAACUCCUUGUCCCAGGCCUUGAGAGCCCUUUCCCCAUUUGUGCCCUUCAGUACCUGUCAGCAUGUUCUUCUUCUCCAUUGUCUUCAUCUUUAUGUCACAGGGCCUAGCACUUAAUAAGUUCUGAGUAUUUGCUGAAUAUAUGAAUUUUAACCUUCUAGAACAAAAACUUACUAUUAAAGGUUAGUUUUACUCAGAUAUAAAUCUUAAAACUUGCAGUCAAUCCAUGUCAAAAUGGGGAUAUAGCUCAGUUGGUAGAGUGCUUGCCUAGCAUGUACAAGGCCCUGGGUUAAAUCCUCAGCACCACUACAAAAAAAAAAAAAGUUUGCUUUUUAACCUAUCUUGAGAAUGAUGCAUUGAAUCUGAAAAUUGAAACUACCAGUGGAUGUGUAGAACUUUAUAGAAUUCACCUAUUUGCAUUUUCCUCAUUAAAUUACAGUAACAUUUAAGGCAACAAAGUUAUUUUGCUUGCAAUAUGUAUGAAUCAUCGAAUCAUAAUGGUAUGAGCACCUCUCUGCUACAUAUUUUUUCCAUGAACUUAAAAAUUAUUUUCACUUUUUAUUAUGGAAAUUUUCAAGCACACAUAAAAUUAGAGAAUACACUGACUUCCCCAUGUAUCUAUCACCCAUGUAAAACCACCAUGAAAUUUUAACUAACCAAUUAUUGUAAAACAAAUACCAAAUAAUCAUUUUAUUGUAUUUCAGUAUAUAUUGUUAAAAGGUAAGUACUUUUUAAAAUCAUAAGUACAAUACCUUAUUAUCAAGUCAAAAAUCAAUAAUUCUCUAAUGUCAAAUAUCUGGUUCAAUAUUUCCUCAUCUCAAAAGUGUUUCACAUUUAGUUCAAAUCAAAAUUUAAGGUCCAUAUUGCAUUUGGAUGGUAUAAGUCUCUUUAAUUUAUAGGUCCUCCUUUAUUUUUGCUUGGAGUGUAUUUAUUGCUAACAGUUCCGAUAAUUAUAUAUAUAAGUUCUUCCCUUAUUCCCUACAUCUUUUUUCUGAUGCCAGGGUCUCUGGUUUUGGUAUUUACGGUGAGCAUUGUCUACAUGUAUGGCCAGAUAAACUUGUUUUGGAUGUGUUUGGGGUUUUGGCACCUCCUGCUGGUGGGUAUGUCUGAACAUUAUCCGUGAAUCUUCAAGUUUGUGGACCCAUGUAGUGAAAACUCCUUGUCCUGGGGCUUGAGAGAGCCCUUUCCCCAUUUGUGCCCUUCAGCACCUCCAGCACGUUCUGCCCUCUCCCAGGUCACUACAGCUCUGCACUGCAUUUUCACUACUCUGGCAGCCCUCCAACCCAAUGCCCCUCCCAGGAUGGGACAGGGUAGGAUGAAAACUUGGGACCUGUUAGAUCGGAGCUGUAACAUUUGUCUCUUUGCUGAAGUUGUCCCCAGAGUCAGAGGAGUGAGGUUAGCGGUCAGGGGCACUUUCUGGCAGCUGCCUGCUUGGGCUCAAAAGGUUUGACUCUUAAGCUUCUAGUCUCCCCAAGCUCUGAUUCUCUUUGCUGACCUUGAGUUCAAAGGAAACCUGCUUGAGCAACCCCACUGUUAUAAGUGUUACUGGCAUUCUGAUGAUAUGGUAACAAGACUAUCCUUCAUUCAAAUGGCCAUUGUUUGCUUUGGACCUCCCACCACUCAGCUUCUGGAUCUGAACAGUUACUAUCUUGUGGAUUCUGGAAGAAGACCAGACAUAUUCAAGAUGGAGGAGUUUAACAUAAUUCUAGCUAACACUCCCUUAGGGCUGGUGCUUGUGGUUUUGAAAGGCAGAGUUCCUGUGUGGUUAACUAUUAAUGUGUUUUUUGUUCAUUCUUUUGAUCAAUGUUUGCCAGAAAGAUAGGCAUAAAAAAUGGUUGAGUUUUUAUUUGCAUCUUGUACUUUUUUUACAGUUUGGGAAAAUACCAUAAGUCUCUGCUUGAAAAAAUAGUAUAGAGAUGGAUUUAGAAUUUUUGAGUAUCAGUGUUUUGGAUGAUCUGUUUCUUCCAUGAGGGAAACUCCUACACGCAGUCCUGUAGGAAAAUUAGACUGCUCCCCUGUCAUGCAUGUCUAGUAUGAUUUCUUGGAAAUUAGGUCCAGAACUAAAAAGGGUUCUCUGCCCAAUAGUCACUUACAUAGUAUUGUUACUGCUGUUGACCGGUGACGAGUCCUUGCUUCCCCAAUGUUGAAGAAUAACACCAAAGAAGCACGCCGAGGCAAGGUCAGAGUAGAAAUUAGAAGUUUAUUAAAGGACAGCAGAAAAGACUUCUCCCGGAGGAAGAAGGGGACCCAAGAGGUGGAAUCCGUGGAAGGGAUGUUGUCUCCCCUUUUUAUAGUUCUUUCAGUGAUGGAAUGUAGGUGGGAAGGCCCGAGGGGUGGGACACAGGUGGGCCAAAGAAGUAAUCUGGUCAGGAAGGACUUCUGAGUCAGCACCUUUUUGCUGGGGGCUGUUCAUUAACAUUUCUUUGAGGUGGACUUUGGCCUAGGGCCUUUUCGGGACUUCAUUAACAUUCCAUGAGCUGUCCUGCGUUUCCCGGAAUCAUUGCCAGCAUGGCCUCCAUUUUAGAUUUCACUCGGCAUUAGACCCGAUUUAUCUAACUACACUGGCUACCUAACUUUAAAUCUGGCUUCAGUAUUAGUGUGAACUCUUGGAAAACAGGAUGGAAACCUAAUUUAUUUCUUGACCUGAUUUCCCAGAAAUCUUACAGUGUGGCUUAUAUCUGUGAUGCCUUUAUUCUGAAGGGAUCAUGAAUUUACAAACUAUUUUUCUAAAGAAAACAGUGUUGCACUUUUUUCACAUUUUUGACUUGCCAAAACUUUUUCCAAUUUUAAAAUGUUAAGAAAUGACAUGAUUAUUGAGAACAGUGCUUCUCAACCUUUUUUGCACAUGGGUGUAUCAUCUGUAGAACUGUAAAAUCUACUGAUGCCUGGCUUUCAUCCUAGAGAUUCUGACUUCAGUGGUCUAGGGUGCUGUUGUGGCAGCCUGAGGUUUCAAAAUGUUGCAGAUGUUUCUAAUGAGCAGCCAGGACUGAGAACCACUGAAGUAAAAGAGUUGGUAGCUGGUACUAAUAAAAUUAUAGUUCUGCUAUUAAUGUGACUACUUAAUAGGACUUCAAUAUCAUUAUAAAUUAAGUGCCCUACAACUUGAGAUACCUGCUACAUACUGAACAAGAGUACGAUAUUACAGUUCACAAAAUUUGAGUAGAUGCAAGGAAGGGAAUUGUACUGUGGUGCUUUUUUUAAAUCUCUAAGAUAGAGGAUAUCAUAGUUUCCAACUUCCCUGAAGACUGAGUUUCACUGUUAAUAUCAACUCCUAUCACAAAAAACAUUUGAAUGUUAAACCUUCUCUAAUGGCUAUUGUAUUUUUAUCUACAUCAUAAUAAUGGCUAAAGAGAAUGAGAUUGAUUAAACCAAUGGCUUCCAAUAGAUCUGUUUAAAGGAAGGAAAAUUGUUUUGAAUCUUUCAAAACUCUAAAUACUGGCAGCAGGGGGACAUUGUUAAGAAAGCCACAACUAAAACACAGAAAAGCCAUCUAUUUGAUUUGUAAUGGUAAUGUAAAUCUUAGCACCACAAUCUAUUGAUAAUUUUAAAUGUAAUUUAGAUCCAUAGAUGAUGUAAACAUUAUAGUUGUAAAAUGCUUUAUUAAAUUGUUUUACUAUUAA